AUGAAAUUUGCCAAACCAAGAAGGGAGACAAUGAGAAUGGUUUUUAUUUGCUUAUCUCUUUGUCUUUUUAUUUCGUUGGUGUUUGGGGAAGGUCCACCAUCGGCCUAUGAUGCUAUAAAGAAAUACAACCUCCCUAUUGGUCUUCUUCCAGAAGGUGUUGUUGGUUAUAAUUUGGAUCCUAAAAGUGGUGAGUUUUCAGUUGAUUUAAGUAGCAGUUGUGUUGUACGUGCAGGAAAAUAUAAACUCAGAUAUAGUUCUACAAUCACAGGGAUGAUUUCUAAAAACAAAAUAGAAAAAUUAAGUGGUGUGAAGGCUAAAAUAGCAUUCUUUUGGAUUGAUAUUGAGAGUGUGAAUAGGAACGGUGACCAAAUCGAGUUUCAGAUUAGUAACUUUGCAACUAAAGACUUUCCGAUUACUAUUUUUAACAAGUGUCCUGAAUGUUACUAA